AUGUCUGCGCCGGAGUGCCCGAAGCUCAUUAACCCAGCAGCAGAAGCGGACGAGGACCUUCUGCAGCACUUCGACGUCAAGGUCGGCAAAGAUGGGACCAAACUCCUCCAGUGUCACCUUUGCAAGCGGCUCAUGCGCAAUGUCACCUUCUCGCUGAAAUGGCAUCUCCAACACAUCAAUGCGCUCCGCCGCGAGGAUCACGCCCGCUCCCACUACGACGACGAAGGUCUGGUUACUCAUAUCAAACACACCCGAAUCGUAUGCCGCCACUGCCACGAAGCUGUGACCGACCGCACGCGAGCAAUGAGGGCCCAUGUGCAGACAUGUCUUCAGGGCAGGACUCAACCGGUAGAAGAAAACGCCUUCGCCGCCGAACUACGACGAGACUAUUUCGAAAUCUCCUCGGGGAGGGCGGCGGCGGCGAAGGACGGCCCGUCUAUCGGAAAGCGACUUGUCGCCACUGCCAGGCUGUCAUGCAGGACCGCCAGCAAACGAUGGUCAGGCACCUGGUUGGUUCUUGUCGUGCAACAGGUGCAUACGGGCGGGUAG